AUGUCUACUUCAGAAGAUGUCAACCAACGUAUCUCUGCAUUGGAGGCUCUAGUUGAGAAGCAAAGCAAACUAAUUGCGCAAACCGGUCAACGAUUAAUGGAAAUGCAAAUCAAAAACCUCAAGGGACAAUUGGACUCCUCCACCACCACUAAUCAACCACCAGUUGAUAUGUCUGAUUAUAUCACCAAUGAAGAUAUCGUACAACUUGUUACUGAACUACAAACACAAUUGGAUUCAUUAGAAGAUAGAACCAUGCGAAGAGUAUAUAACUCAACCCUUCAGUAUGAUGAAGAAACAUUAGCUCCUAUUAUGAAUCGAGAUGGUGAGUUGCCGGAAUUUGCCGUUCCUAAAACAUUACAAGAAUUCAAAGACUUAUCAAAGAAGGAAUUGAUCAGACUAGGUGUGUUUUAUGAGAUUAUUGUUCCUAAUGAACAAGAGGUUGAGCAAGCGUUGGAACAGGAUAAUGCUAAGGAUGCGAUUUUGGAUAUCAGUAAGAAUAAGGAUAUCGAAGAGAUGAGUAAGAGCUUUGAUGAUGAUCAAGUGAAUGAGAUCUAUGACGAGUUGGCCAGAUAUUUCGGGAUCAAACACAAGAGAAACAGCGAUGGUUGGUAG